CUCAAAUGCUUUGCUUGGUGGCAUUCUCUACUACACUGCCAGUCAUUUUCCAUGUGUGUGUGACAGUCUCCCCAUUCAGUGGCAACCGGUGCUUUAUUCUCAUUUUUAGUUAUUUAUUUCAUUGAUUCUUUAUUGUUAGCUUUUUGUGCAGUUGCUGGAGUUUGAAGUCAGAAUAUUAUACUCUCACUCAGAUUUUCCACAAAUAGUUAGUACUAAAUGUAUUACUUUUUUACAGUUAAUUAAAGAUAGAGUCUUCUAGACAUUUCUUCCCAGGCUGCCUUGAAACUCAAUCCUCAGAGCUCAGCCUUCUGAGUAGCUAAAAUGACAGGCAUGAGCCACCAUCACCGCCCUUACUCUCCUAUUUUGGCCUCUCCUUUCUGCCAGAGACCAUCUCAAGGAAGCUGGGCAGCCCGUUUCUCUAAUUACCCAAUCUUUGCUUCUCCAUUAUUCAGAUCGUGCAAGAAGAUGGCGAACACAAAAUCACAGAUGGAAAAACACUUAGACACUGUCAACAACGUUUUCCAUCACUACUCUGUCCGGCUGGGGCACCCAGACACCCUGAACAAGAAGGAAGUCAAACAGCUGGUGCAAAAAGAGCUGCCAAACUUCCUCAAGAAGGAGAAUAAGGAUGACAAAGAAAUAAAUGAAAUCAUGGAGGAUCUGGAUACAAACCAGGAUGAUACGCUGGACUUCGAUGAGUUUGUGAUCCUAGUGGCAAGGGUUUCCAACACUUUCCAUGAGGAGAUGCACAAGAACGCCCACGGGUAA